GGCGCCGCGGCCAUUUCGUCGCUCGGCCGUGGCGGCGGCGCGCUCAUGUGACCCUCCCGCAUGGCCGUGGAGGGAGCGGCGGGCGCGUCCCCGCCCGGCGGCAGCGGCGGCAGCAGCAUCGGGAGCGCGCCCGCCGCCCGCCCGUUCAUCUGCUCCUUCCCCGGCUGCGACGCCGCCUUCAGCAAGGGCUGGCGGCUGGACGCGCACCUCUGCCGGCACACGGGCGCGAGGCCGUACGUCUGCGGGCACGAAGGCUGCGGGAAGGGCUUCACGAGGGAGUUCCACCGCGCUCGGCACCUCCUCACGCACACCGGUGAAAAGCCGUUUGAGUGCACAGCUGAUGGAUGCAAUCAGAAAUUUGGAACAAAAUCAAACCUAAAGAAACACAUUCAACGCAAGCAUGAAAAUCAGCAAAAGCAAUAUGUAUGCGACUUUGAAGGCUGUAACAAGUCUUUCAAGAAACAUCAACAACUUAAAGUUCACCAGUGUCACCACACCAAUGAACCUCCCUUCAAAUGUAGUCAUGAAGGAUGUGGAAAGAGCUUUUCUACUCCAAGUAGACUAAAACGGCACGAGAAGAUACAUGAAGGCUAUGCAUGCAAGAAAGAAAACUGCUCAUAUAUCGGAAAAACGUGGACUGAGCUUCUGAAACAUAAUAAAGAAAGUCAUACAGAGCCAAUAGUUUGCAGUGAGUGUUCGAAAACUUUUAAACGCAAAGACUACCUCAAACAGCAUCAAAAAACACAUGCUGUGGAGAGGGAAGUCUGCCGCUGCCCAAGAGAAGGAUGUGGGAGAACUUACACAACUGUAUUUAACCUCCAAAGCCAUAUCCUCUCUUUUCAUGAGGAAAAAAAGCCAUUCUCUUGCGAUCAUCCAGGCUGUGGAAAAGUGUUUGCAAUGAAGCAGAGCCUAGCAAGGCACAUUGUUGACCACGAUCCUGAAAAGAGAAAGCUGAAAUUAAAAACGAAGCGUUCUCGUCCUAAGAGGAGCUUAGCCUCUCGUCUGAGCGGAUACAUUCCUCCUAAAACGCAGCCAGGAAAAGGUGCGGUUGUGACAGAGAGCAAGACAGUGGAUAAACCCGUGGAAAAUGAAAUACCAACUGUUGAAAUUCUGACCCUCCAGUAAAGAGUAUCCAGUCUCAUUGUGUCAAAAUUCACCCUUGGUGGCAGUGGCUAAAUUCAUCUCUCACACUCACUGCUGUAACAGGAAGACUGGCUGCAUGUUUGGGGCACGUAGGAAUGUCUCUUCAGGGUCAGAACAUUCAAGUGUUUUUAUUUCUACUGCAAUUUUGUUCGUACCACCCACAAUGCAGGCCUAACAGACAAAUAGGUAAGCACUGGAUCUGGACUUUUAGGACAGUGUACAAAUUCCUAUAGUUUGCUUGUGAUGUAGCUGAAUGUGAAAGCCUUAAAACUGGGCACCUAUUCAUCUCAAGCCCAUUUUCUUACGUGGUAAAGUACAAUAUUAAAGUGGAAGUACAAGACCUUGUAAUACAUUUAAACAAGUUGGUCUCUUCCUCCUUCAGGAUUCUUCAAAGUAGCUACUAUGUGAAUAAUCUUUUUGUAUCUUAUGGAGCAGAAAAAAUCACUACCACAAUAAUACUCUCUAAAAUGAUACCCAAAGCACAGGUACCCUCCUUAACCUGAGGGUAACAAAAGACAAUAAAUACAUGGUCAGAUGCCUUUUUUAAAACUUUCUUCCCGAACUCAGUUUGUUAAACUGCUGGAGCAGACAAACCCAAGACAAAAAAGCUUCCAAAAUGUUCAAUACUGGAAAAGUUGUUCUCUUAUUCUGUAAAAGAAUUUUCUCCUAGUAGCUCUAGUAGCAGCAGGCCAGGAAGAGAAAGUUUCAUGAUUACUGGUGGUGAAACUAAAUUUGUGUAUCUGGUGCACAUAGUUUGUAAAAACUGACAUUUAUGCCUUAAUAAAUGAACAGAAAUUCAGUGAGUCUUACAAAACCAGAAUCUAGUUGUAUUAAAUAAAAAUAGUUUAAAAAAAAAAAAAAAAACAGCUGAUGCCAAAAUAGUAAAUCCUGAGAAGGCAAUAGAAGGCUUCUCUGGAGAAGACUAAUCCAAAAUUUUAUUUUCACUAGUGCAAAUCCUUAAUAGCAUGGACUGCAGUGACAUUGCUUUGGAUUUACACAGAUGCAAGUAAGAGGAUUUAGUCUGCUGAAACCAUUUUUAGUACAGCAUUUUUCAGUGUUCAUUGUUGUAACGUUAACAAUGUAUGUACC